AUCACCCACGUCCUACUUUUGUCACUCGUUCCUCAGAGUUCCAUAAAAUGAUAGCAGAGACUCGCAAAUCCAGCCAAUAGAGAGAACAAGAACUACUACUAGUAGAAUAAAAUCCCUUUUCCAGAGAUAAUAGCAACAACUCUGUUUUGUCUUCUCCGCCAAAUAUCUCUAUCUCAAUCUAUAUAUGCAAAUUAAAUAUUAAUGUUAUCUACCAAUGCAACCUCCCUCGUCUUCUCCUGCCGUGCUUGCGCCGGAGACCUCUCCCAUGCUCCCACCUCCUUCCCUCGCAUCUUCCACUCUAUCUCACUUCCCACCACUUCCGCCGUCGCCGCUGGCCUCAAAAUCGCUCAAUCUCACGACGGGGUAGCACCAGUCGUCGAAGGCGGCGGCGCCGCUGCUAGACGCGCCGGCGGGAAUGAGGGGAUGAGGGUGAAAGCGAAGGAGAGGAAAUGGUCACGAGAUAGAGAAGGCUACAUGGUUGAUAAUGGCGAGCCUCUUCCUCUUCCAAUGGGUUACCCUGGUUCAUCUCCUGUUUCACCGGAAGAAAUUGAUGAGCGUCUGAAAUGUAACCCUAAAUUUGAGGAUUGUAAAGAAGUGGUUUAUGAAUGGACUGGGAAGUGUCGUAGCUGCCAAGGAUCAGGAUAUGUAAGCUACUAUAACAAAAGAGGGAAAGAGGUUAUGCAAAUGCAUUCCUUGUAUGGGAAUUGUUCAAAUCAGUGGGUUAUUCCCGAUUAUGCUUGUCUUGUACUUGGAUGUAAAGGAUAUGUGCAGAAGAUAACAGCUCGCAAAGAUAUUGAUUUAAUGGAGGAUUUGGAUAAUGGAAAACCGUUCAGGUUUAAAAUGUCAAAGACAAGUUUCCUUGAUUUCCAAUACAACAUCUCAAAGAGAAAGUACCUGAGGAAGCCGGCGCGGAUGUUUUCAAGGGACAGACAGAACUCUGGGCUGAAAAACAUUUUUCAGCCAAGCGUUGAUGAGAUGAAGAUAGUGUUUGACAAAUUUGAUUCCAAUAAAGAUGGGAAAAUAUCUCAACAGGAGUAUAAAGCUACCCUGAAAUCUUUAGACAUGGGGAAAUCCGCUAAUGAUGUGCCAAAGAUUUUUCGGGUGGUUGAUUUGGAUAGAGAUGGAUUCAUCAAUUUUGAAGAAUUCAUGGAGGCUCAAAAGAAAGGUGGCGGGGUUAGAUCGUUGGAUAUACAGAGUGCAUUUCAAAUAUUUGAUAAGAAUGGUGAUGGGAAAAUAAGUGCUGAAGAAGUUAAAGAAAUGCUGUGGAAGCUGGAAGAAAGGUGCAGCCUUGAAGACUGCAAACGAAUGGUGAGAGCAGUGGACACUGAUGGAGAUGGCAUGGUUGACAUGAAUGAGUUUGUGUUCAUGAUGACUCAAUCCAUGAGACAUGUUUGAAUGAUUAUAUGGUUAUUUUUCUUGAGGUUUUGCUUAGGUGCACCUCAAUGAAAGCCAUAGGUCUUGUGUUUAUGCAUGUGCUCAAUAAAUCUCACUAUCAUUAAAAUGAAAAUUGAUUGCUAAAACCUUGUGUACUUGCUAAAAGUAGAUGAGCGGUCACUUUUCGUCUGAGACAUCUUUCAGCCUUAAUCAUGCCUCUCUUUUCUACUUGCUAAAUAUUGAAAAAAAUACUUGAAGAGAGAGAGAGAUAGACUCAAGUGACUGCAUGGAAUCAUUUUCUGCUAAAAUGA